UGAGGUAUGCUGUGCAGUACUCUGCAGAUUAUAGCAGAUGAUAUGGACACACCUUUGUGGUCAGGUUACAGUUCAGAAGGCAGAGCUAAAAAAAUAUAGUGGCGUUGUAACUGUUUUUUCAUUCAUCACUGGGUUUCUGCGAAGAUUUGUGCAAGAACAAGAUGAAUAAGAAGUGCAAGCGUUAUGGUCAGAACGGACAGCUGUGGACAUCUCUGAUUGUUUCAGCAUUACUGCCUGGAGUGGUUCUGGCCGGUGACUGGAUGGUCCAUGUUCCCGUAAACCCCAUCCUGGCCCCUCGUGGUUCCUCAGUGACGCUGCCUUGCACUUACGACUUCCCCGAUGAGUCCGGGUCGUGGCACGUCCAGUCUGAGAUGUGGUGUCUGAACGAGAGUCAGUGCAUCACAACCGACUACGUGUACCACAGUGCAGGCAUCUUCCCUGCACCUGCCUACCAGGGCCGGGUCCGGUACCUGGGCUCGCUUGGCUCCAAAAACUGUUCUCUCCGGAUAAACAACCUGAGGAUGACGGACAGUGGCGUGUACGUGUUCCGCUUCAUCACCGACCAUCCCGUGAACAAACUGCCGAGGCAGAGGGGCGUCACCCUGCAGGUGACAGAUCCCCCAGUGAACACGUCAGUGAAGGUCACCAGUCCAGGCCAGAUCGUCCAGGGGACGUCGCUCACCCUGUCCUGUUCCAGCUUCACCUCCUCACAGCUGACCAACUUCACAUGGUUCCAGAUUAAUAAAACCACGACUUUCAGAGGCACGGGUCAGAAGCUGACCAUAGAGCAUGUCAGAUCUACAGACAGCGGGAUGUACACAUGUAAAGCCCAAAACAUCUGGGGCUCCCAGAAUGCUAGCAUCGUACUCACCAUCCGGGAAGAAGAAAGAAGCAGCUCUACCUCCAUUGCUGCUGUCGUGGUUGGGAUUAUCCUCGUGCUGGCAGUUAUAGCCAGCAUUGUUGUCUGUACUAAAAGACACUCUGCCUCAAAAACUCUUCAGACAGUGCUUAACGAUGACGACAACCUCUGAUUACCUUCAGAUAAACAGCAGGAGGAGGGAAACGAUGCUAUCUUUCUGUGUUCAGCUCAUAUUUAUUGAAUAAUCUCCGGUUACACUUCAUGUUAUUAUAGAAGAUUCAGUAGGGUCCUACAGGCUGGAUCGGUGCGAACAAGUCAUGAUGUAAUAAUGAUGUGUUGUGAAUUAUAUAUGUGCUGUUUUUCUAUUUUAUUAAAAUAAUGUUAAUUCAAUUUAAUAGUGUGACCGAUUCCAACAUGCUUAGAGUCCAGGUUCUCACACUGUCCAUGUCUCACACAUGUCUAUAAAGAUCAUGAAUAAAGUAUUUCAACCUGAAAA